AUGGCAUCUGUUGACGAGCAAACGGCUUUGCUGAGCCUGAAUGACAUUCACCCAGCCCACGAUCAUGUCUCAGCUUCAGUCGCCCGUCGGCUCUAUGUGUCACACUUCUUAUCGACAUGGAACUCUAGACUUUUCGAGUUCGGUGCAGUGCUUUACCUAGCGGCUGUUUUCCCCGGAACCUUGCUACCAAUGUCCCUUUAUGCUCUUGUCCGUGGCCUUUCUGCAAUUGUCUUCGCUCCAGCAGUUGGGUGGUACAUUGAUACGGGAAAUCGACUCCAAGUCGUUCGCGUCUCUAUUGUUUUCCAGAGGAUUGUAGUUGCAGCGUCUUGCGCCGUCUUUUAUGUGUUAGCGGCCGAUAUACCACUCACCUCUAGUAUAAGAGCAGGACUACUAGCAAUUGUCACGUUCUUUGCCUGCGUGGAGAAAUUGUGCUCGAUAUUGAAUCUAGUCUCUGUUGAGAAGGAUUGGGUUGUGGUCGUCUCAGAAAGAAACCCAGACGCCCUUCAAGUCAUGAAUGCUCAGAUGCGGCGGAUUGAUCUGCUCUGCAAGUUGUUCGGACCACUAUUUAUUGCCAUGAUAGACGCUCAAUCCUCUCAGGUGGCCAUGAUUACCAAUUUUGCUAUGAAUGCGGCAACUCUCCCCAUCGAGUACUUUACCAUCGCUCGAGUCUACUUUGACAUUCCAGAGCUACAGAGAGCCAAGAUACCACUGCAACGGAGCAUUACAUCGCAAGAAGUGCCAUCUCGAACUUCCAAGACCUUUUACAAUACGGUCUACAAGCCACACCCGGCAUUCCUCCCGUCCAUUGCAGGCGCGGUUCUAUAUUUCACGGUUCUCAGUUUUGGGGGCCAGAUGGUUACAUAUCUCCUCUCUUCAGGCUAUUCUUCCAUGCAGAUCGGCAUUGCUAGGACACUUGGCGUAACAUUUGAGGUCCUGUCCACAUGGGCGGCACCUUGGCUGAUGGGACGAAUUGGGCCGGUAAGAGCGGGUCUCUGGAUGAGCAGUUGGCAAGUCGUCAUGCUGGUUGCGGGAGUGUGUAUCUUCUGGGAAUUUGAUGGAAAGGACUCGAUCAUCCCUGCAAGCGGGCUUGUUGGCGGCACGGUGUUGAGUCGUUUGGGGCUGCGAGGGUUUGACUUGUGCGUCCAGCUCAUUGUCCAAGAGGAAGUUGAAGCUGAAAAUCGCGGUGUCUUCUCUUCCGUCGAGGCCGCGUGGCAGAAUGCCUUUGAGCUUCUCGCCUUUGCGUCCACGAUUGUCUUUUCCCGCCCCGAAGAGUUCAAGUGGCCGUCGCUCAUCUCGACCUUGGCCGUUGCCUCGGCCAGUAGUGCUUAUGCAGCGUUUGUGUACCUGCGUAGAGGCCAUCUGUUACACCUCGACGCACUAACAAGCUUCCUGUUCACCGAGAAGAGAAGACAGAGACAGCGUGUGGAUCGAAUCACAUCUGGGCCGGAGAUAUAA